AUGGAUACUAUCCUUGCGAAAUACUACAACAAGGCGCCUAGACCAUUUCACGCUGCUGCACUGACCGCGUACAAUGCUCAAGGAGAUGCAAUUUGUUCCAGCAUCCAAGGAACUCAGACCGCAGACCCUGCCGGCCCUGCAGUCACCGAAGAUUCAAUUUUCUGGGUCGCGUCCUUGACCAAAAUCAUCACGGCCGUCGCUGUGAUGAUUGUCGUUGAGCGAGACUUGAUUUCACUCGACGAUGAUGUCGGGAAGGUUGUGCCAGAGUUGGCAGCGCCAGAGGUCCUAUCUGGAUUCGACGAAGAUGGAAAACCCAUCGUCAAUCGGACGGAGAAGAAACUCACCUUGCGCCAUCUCUUGACGCAUACAAGCGGCUUCACAUAUAGCGUGAUGAGCGAGAAUCUGCAGAAAUGGGCCGCGUAUCAUGGGAGAAACAUCGACCACACACAAGGAACAUAUGAGUCAAUCACACACCCUCUUAUUUUCGAACCGGGCGAUGAUUGGAGAUACGGACCCGGAGUGGACUGGGCUGGACGAGUGGUCGAAGUCCUCUCCGGAAAGAGACUCGGGGAAUUUAUUCAUGAGAACAUCUGCGGUCCAUUGAAUCUCCAAUCCACCACCUUCCACCCGGAGACACUGCCCGACUUCAAGAAGAGAAAAGUGGAGAUCGCCCUCCGCACCGAAGACGGAUCCCUAACUCCAACCAAAGAGAUAUUCCCUCUGCCUACGCCGGACGAUCUCGGCGGUGGGUCACUGUAUUCGACGCCACGCGAGUUCACCAAGUUUCUGUGGGGAGUCAUCAGACCCGAGAGCGUGGAUGAGAUCUUUCGGCCUCAGCUGCCGGAAGCUGUGAGGAUAAGGUUGAACCAGCUGAUUAAUAUGCCAGAGGCGCAAGCAAUGAAAUGGCUGUUUACGACAGGGGACAAAGUCGACUUCGGGCUGGCCGUCGCAAUCACGGUCGGUGAUGUUCCAGAUGGUCGUGCAGAUGGCACGGUUUCGUGGGGAGGACAUACCAAUACUCAUUUUGUAAGUGCCUUUCUGGUCUGCUGGUCGAAAGAAGGGUGA